CAUUUUAAGUGUCUGUGAGUCUGUGAGUCCCGCCCAUUUAUAUAACUUUUCUCUUUUUCUUUUUCUUUUACCUUUAAAUUACACCUCACACACACAAAUAUGUACACAUAUGCACACAUAAAUAUAAGACAGACAUUACCUAAAAAAAAAAAAACUCUUAAGUUGUGUUUGGUGUUAGGAACUAAACCAGGUGUUGUAAUGGCAGAUGAAGUGAAGUUGCUUGGGGUUUGUCGAAGCCCUGCUAGUUGCAGAGUUGAGAUUGCUCUGAAACUAAAAGGUGUCCCAUAUGAAUUCAUAGAAGAAGAAGAUCUGUUUGGGAAGAAGAGUGAUUUGCUCCUCAAGUCCAACCCUGUCCACAAGAAAAUCCCUGUGCUCUUGCACAAUGAAAAGCCCUUUGCCGAGUCCGUCCUUAUUCUCGAAUACAUCGACGACACCUGGAAAGGCGGCCAUCCCAUCUUGCCCAAACAUCCUUAUGACAGAGCCAUGGCACGUUUCUGGGCCAAGUUCAUAGAUGACAAGUGCUACACUACAAUAUGGAAGGCGAAUUGGAGCAAAGACAAGGAGAAAGAGGAAGCCAUGGCAGAGGGAUAUGAGCUCCUGAAAACCCUUGAAAAUGAGCUCAACGGUAAGAGGUUCUUUGGUGGAGACGAUAUCAGAUUGGUUGACAUUAUGGCUAAUGUCUUCUCUCUCUGGGCUAGUUUGUUGCUGGAAGUAAGUGGAACUGAAUUGCUGACAAGGGAGAAAUUUCCUGUUUUAUUUAAAUGGAUCGAUGAGUUUGUUAAUUGCAGUGUUAUCAAGGAAAGUCUGCCUCCCAGAGAUACACUAGUAGACCUUUUCCGAGCUCACUUUGGUGGUGAUUCCAAAUAAGUAGUUUACUGAUGCUGUUUUUGCUGGUCAUAGUCUGUGAAAAUUGUGACAAAUAAGCACUACACUGUCACAAAUAAAACCCUGUCUAGUGUAGUGUGUAGUAUUUAUGUCAGUACUGUUUUGUGUUUGUUUGAAAGUUUUAGUACUUUUCUUUGUUACCAUGCAAGUUUAUUAUUUCGUACUCUUGUUUCAUUUCAUUAUAGAUCAAAGUGAUGUGUUCUGUUGGCAAGGUUGUUCAAUAAUAUCCCAAGUAACUUUUGUAUUA